UUUUCCGUCUAUGUGACUGGAUCUUUGCCAAAACUAACACCUCCAAAAUAUAAAAAGAAACUUUCAGCAAAAAGUUCAUCCCUUCUGAUUUCAUUUCCUUUUUCCUUCUUUUUCUGCACAAACACUGUGCCACCAUGUCGAUCUCAACUUCACCUCACUCACACCUUCUUCACCCAAACCAUAACCACCGUAUCCACACCGCCACCACCACCACCGCCUUUUCCCUCCCCUCUUCGCGCACUUUCAGGCCCAUCAAAUGCGCCUCCACGCCGGCCCAGCUACAGGAUCCCAUCCCGGUCCAGGCCCAGGCCCAAGAGCGCGUCUUCAACUUCGCCGCCGGUCCCGCCACCCUGCCCGAGACCGUACUCCGACGAGCCCAGUCCGAGCUCUACCUCUGGGGAGAAUCCGGCAUGAGCGUCAUGGAGAUGAGCCACCGUGGCAAGGAUUUCAUGUUCAUAAUAGAAAAGGCCGAGGAACAUCUACGCACCCUUCUGGAAAUCCCACCGGGCUUUUCCGUCUUGUUCCUCCAGGGCGGCGCCACCACCCAGUUCGCAGCCGUGCCGCUCAACCUCUGCACCCCUGACGACCCCGUCGAUUACGUUGUCACUGGCUCGUGGAGCGAUAAGGCAUUCAAGGAGGCCCAAAAAUACUGUAAACCCAGUGUGAUUUGGUCUGGGAAAUCUGGAAAAUACACAGGGAUUCCACAUGUUGGGACUUUUGAGCAGAACCCAGAUGCCAAAUAUUUGCACAUUUGUGCAAAUGAGACUAUUCAUGGGGUUGAGUACAAGGACUACCCAUUUCCAGAGAACCCCUCUGGUGUUCUUGUUGCUGAUAUGUCUUCAAAUUUCUGUUCCAAGCCUGUUGACGUGUCAAGGUUUGGAGUCAUCUAUGCCGGUGCACAGAAGAAUGUGGGGCCCUCUGGUGUCACAAUUGUGAUAGUGAGGGAUGAUCUGAUUGGGCGUGCACAGGGUGUUACUCCUGUGAUGCUUGAUUACAAGAUUCAUGUUGAGAACGGGUCACUCUACAACACUCCUCCUUGCUAUGGCAUUUACAUGUGCGGGUUGGUGUUUGAGGAGCUGUUGGAGCAGGGUGGGUUGAAGGAGGUUGAGAAGAAGAACGAGAAGAAAGCUGAGAUUUUGUAUAAUGCAAUUGAUGGGAGCAAGGGGUUUUAUAAGUGUCCGGUGGAGAAGCCUGUGAGAUCAUUGAUGAAUGUGCCCUUCACGUUGGAGAAGUCAGAGCUUGAGGGAGAGUUUAUCAAGGAGGCUGCAAAAGAGAACAUGGUUCAGCUCAAGGGACAUAGGUCUGUUGGUGGCAUGAGGGCUUCUAUUUAUAAUGCUAUGCCUUUGGCUGGAAUUCAGAAAUUGGUGGCUUUCAUGGAGGACUUCCAAGCUAGGCAUGAUUAGAGGUAAUGAACUGGCAAAAAGAACGUGUUAUGGGAACUCUCAACCUGUUUGGCCAUCUUGGUGGCGGCUUUCUUGUUGAACAUGAAGACAUAAACAAAUCGCAAAAUAGUAAUUUGUAUCACCGAUUGAAGGAUCAACUAAGAAAACGUUUCAAGAGCCAAACCAUACGAACUCCGUGUUUUACGUAUGCGAGGAGAAAGCACCAUAAUUAAAAGAAACUUGAAUUACUUAAUUU